UGAAUAAAAUAAUUACAAAUAUAAGAGCAGAAGACCUUCCUGAAAUUUCCUUAUGUUCGUUCCGAGAUUUUUCUGCGAUUCUCCAGAGUGACCGGACCAUCACGAACAGUCCCGAUUUCGGUUCAAUCUUCGUCAUCGCAAUCAGUGAAUCGCGUGGAUUUUUAUCGAGGAUCAGUAUCGAACAAUCGAUUGAAUAAUUAGGUUUUCGUAUUUGGGAAUUGGAUUUGAUGAUUGGAGUUGUUCAAUAUGUGGAGUGUGGUGGAGUAUGUGCAAAGAGCAUGGCCUUUUCUCAUGCUCAAAGAUGAUCUGAGGGCGUCGGAUAGGAUUGUUAGGAAGUUGCCGAUACCCGACAGCACGAAGCACUUCGUGUACGCCAUUCGCGACCGCGAAUCGCAGGCCGUGAUCUAUGUAUUGUCGGUUCAGAAUUUAUCCGAGAGGUCAGCUGUAGAUGCGGAGUGUUUGAUUAGGGCGAUUAAGCCUGACGCAGUUGUUGUGCAAUUAGGGCAAUUGGGGAAUUCAGAGAUUAGCGAUUUGGUGGAAGGUGGAAUUAGAUUGAUCGAUGAUGGCGUGAAUAAAACUGUAGAGAAUGGUGGAUCCAUGGAUGCUGUCACGGCUGUUCCGACCUCUGUGUUCGAGGUUUUGAAGAGGUGUUUCGUGCACAAAAUUAGUCGAGAGAGGUAUGAGAAUGCUGCAGGAAGUUUGGUUUUGAAGGAGAUUUUCGGGGUGAGCUUCAAUGGCCAUUUUGUUGCAGCCAAGAAGGCUGCCGAGGAAGUUGGUUCUUCGUUCUUGAUGAUCGAAUCCCCUUUUGUGAAAUGCAGCACAGCUGAAGAUGGAGAGGCUGUCGAAUUGGGCAACGGUUUUCGAACUGCAUUUGGUUUGCAGCCAACAAGUUUGGUUCCCGGAAAGAUUGGCACUUCAAACAUUGUAAACUCGAGGGCUUUCCAUAUAAUGGAUGAUGUCCAGUUACAAAAUUUGAGAUUAUUGUCCUCAAAUUUGGUUCAUCCGAAUCCCAAUCCGAAUCCCAAUCCCAAUCCAAAGUCUUCAUUUCAAGAUGCUCGACCCCUACUUGAUUACGAGGCUCCACAGUUUGCAAAAUGUGUCUACCCUUUGCUUGUCGAUCUUCACGACAUAUUUGAAGAUAUACCUUCUAUGGGAACUGCAUUGGCUUGUGCACAGAAGAUGCUUUCUGAUGUCAAUAAAGGAGAAGCCAUUGACACCCGCCUUCUUUCUGAAGUUUAUGCAUUUCAGAUUGCUGUUGAGGGGCUUAGAAUCGCGUUGAAUAACGCUGGCCGGUUAAUAAAGAAGCCCCUUUCGAUCAACUACAGAUUCUCUGAUCUCCCUGAGGAGGAAAAGUCUCACGCAAUUCUUGCGCAAACUCUUCGAAGCCAGACCAGUAAGUAUAAGUCAAUAGUUGCGGUUGUCGAUGCUAGUGGAUUAUCUGGGCUUAGGAAACACUGGAACACCAUCGUUCCAUCCGAGGUUAAAGACAUGGUGGAACACCAUGUCAUGAACUAUGGGGACGAUGAUGAUGAAGAAGAUGAUGGGGUCCAGGGUCAUAAAAAGCGAUUUUUAUCGGAUAAGCCUAUGGUGGCGGUUGGAGCAGGCGCCACUGCCAUUUUCGGAAUCUCAUCCCUUUCAAAAGUUGUCCCUGCAUCGACUUUCAUAAAAAUUGCAACCUUUAAUGUCCCGGCUUCUCUAAAACUUGCAUUAACGCAGACGCAGAAAGCUAUUCUGUUUGCCAUGGGGAAGACGACGAAAGUUGCAGCCCCCAGUUUGAUGAAGGGGUCGUCUGCCUUAAAGGCUGCUGCGUCUGCUGAGAAAAUCCGAGCAGUUGCCCACGGGGUUAUAGCCUCUGCGGAGAAGACGAGCUUGUCUGCAAUGAGGACGGCAUUUUAUGAAAUAAUGAGGAAUAGAAGAGUGAGGCCGAUUGGGGCUCUGCCGUGGGCGACGUUUGGGUGCAGCGUGGCGACGUGUGGGGGGUUGCUGGCGUAUGGGGACGGGAUCGAGUGUGCGGCGGAGUCGUUUCCGGUGGCGCAUUCGAUCGCGAGUUUGGGGAGGGGGAUCAAGAGGUUGCAUGAAACGGCAGCGGUGGUGAGGGAAGCUGAGAGUUCACGGAUACAGAAGUCGAUCGAGUCGAUGUUGGGUAAGUCCAGUUCAGUUCAAUCAAGAAGUUGAUAAUGAUAAUAAUGAUGAUGGUAAUAAUAAGGAGAAUGAUAAUAGUAUUAUUACUACUGAGAAUGGGGAAUGGGGGUUGGUUGGUUGGUUAGUUAGUUGUAAAUAGAAUUUUGGAAGUGAUUUUUGUAUUUGAUGGAUGACAGCCACCCCUCUGCCUCUUAUUAUUUCUUAUUCCUGAGUUUUGUAUCAGAAUGAAUGUCUUUUCCUUUUUUUUCUAAUUUUAUUAUAAUAAUUUGGUAGACGAAAAGUUUAUUAGGUCCGUCAAAAUAUGCCACAUUAGGCUAUUCAUGUAGCACGUAAU